AUGUCAAGGCGAGCACCAAACCCCGCGGCAGAGCGGGCGGCGAAGAACCAAGCGACGAUCAAGAGCCUCCUGAAGCUUGAGCCGAACAAGAUAUGCGCUGACUGCAAAAGAAACAAGCACCCGAGAUGGGCGAGUUGGAAUUUAGGAGUCUUUAUUUGCAUUCGAUGCUCGGGCGUUCACCGUGGCAUGGGCACACACAUCAGCAAAGUCAAGUCCGUCGACCUCGAUUCCUGGACAGAUGAGCAGAUGCAGAGCAUCCUGAGCUGGGGCAAUGCGCGCGCGAACAAGUACUUCGAGGCCAAGCUGGCUCCGGGACACGUCCCUUCCGAAGCCAAGAUCGAGAACUUUAUCCGAACAAAGUACGAACUCAAGCGAUGGGCAAUGGAAGGCCCCAGACCAGACCCCGCUACCCUGGGAGCGGACGCCGAUGACGAUGUGCCCCUGAGCGUGGUAAAGGAGAAGCAGGCGAUCGACCGGAAGGCAUCUGUGACAGGCGGCGCACCUCCCCGGGCAGCCCCAGCGCCGCCACCAAAAGCUCCUGCACCCGAAGCUGAUCUGAUCGGUGGUGAUGACAUCCCCCCGCCGGCACGUUCGAGUACAGCUGGCCCUUCUGCCGUGAAUAGGGUACCUCCCAAGGCCGAACCGGCGCCCCCUAAAGCUACAAGCAAUGCCUCGUUGCUGGGCUUGGAUUUCUUCGGAGAGCCGGCAGCUCCUCCUCGCCCAGCCAGCACUACUGGUGUCAGCUCCCCUGCUGGCCAGUCUCGACCUGAUUUGAAGCAAUCUAUUUUGUCCCUGUACGCUUCGGCACCAAAGCCUCAGCCUCAGGCGCCCCAGCAACCACAGCAUCAGCACCAGGGAUCCUUUGGCGGUUUGGGCUCAAUGCCUCCCCAACAGCAGCAACAGCAGCAACAGGCAUUUGGUUCCGCGGGCGGAUUCAACGAUGCGUUCAGUACCCUCAGCAUUGGAGGCGGCGCUCCAGCCAAGCCCGCCCCAGCCGAUCCCUUUGCCAGCUUCGGCAGCGGAAGUGCGAGCCGAGCACCUCCUAAGCCUGCGAGCAACAACAAUACAUUUGGUGGACUGAGCGGAGGCGGGUUCUUUGAUCCCAAGCCAGUCCAACCUUCUGCCCCUCAGCACAAGAGCAAGCCUUCGGACGGUGGGUUUGGAGACUUUGGUGGAUUUGCCUCUUCUCCUGCCCCUGCCCCUGCCCCAGCCAAACCCGUACAAACCACUUCAUCGAGCAUGGGCGAUCUCUUUGACCUCUCUGCCCCUGCCCCUCAGACGACAUCUCCUCCCCCGCCAGUCACAUCCGCCACAACAAGCAGCUCCGUCUUCAACCUGUCAGCGCCUCAAGCAGCCCCCGCACCAGCACCAAAGCCGGCAGCUGCAGCUACAGCUGGGUUCGCAGCACCGUCACUCUCAGGUGUUGAUGCAUGGGGAGGAAAUGCCUGGGGAAGCCCCGACCCAGCUGCAGCCGCACCCAAGCCAGCCGCGGCCGCUGCACCCGCCAUGUCCGAUGCCUUCGGCGGAUGGGGAUCGGGCGGUGGCUCCUUUGCCAACGUCCCCAUUGUCCCAGGUUCUGGUGGCGGCUUCAACCCGGCCCCUCAAGUGUCUGCGGACGAGGAGUUUGGCGGAUGGGCGAGCAGCACUGCCCCUGCAAGCAACACCACAAGCAAGCCUGCUGGAGCGGGUGCCGACGAGGAUCUGUUCUCCAAUGUGUGGCAAUAA